AUGCCGCACGAUUUGGGUCCUCUCGACGAUCCUUGUCAGAGAUGCGGCGCUUUGCACUGGAUUGCCGAAAGACCCUCGAGCGCGAAGGUCACCGGACCCUAUGAAUACAAUAUGUGCUGCAGCGGUGGUAAAAUCAAACCACCAGUAGACUUUCUUGGUGACCACGUUGUGCCGGAGUUUGUAAGGACCUUAAUGACGAGCAACGAUGAAGGGUCCGCCAAAUACAGGGAUAACAUCCAGUCCUACAACAACGCACUUUCGUUCACGUCGCUAGGUGCACACAUCGAUAAGUCCGUUAACGGACAAAGGGGGAUGCGUGUUUUCAGAAUCAAUGGCGCGUUGGUUCACAACAUCGACGGCUUACAACCACGCGAGGGCCACGAAGCAGGCCAUGCCCAAAUCUAUGUCAUUGGGGGAGGAGAUCGCGCCGAGGCCCAACAUCGGCGAAACGUAGCAAAUAAUCAGGAAUUAGAUCUAGACAUUCUGCAACAAUUCCAGGACUAUUUCUACAAGAUCAAUCCAUUUGCACACGAAGUCGCCAUGAUCGUCGAGGGCGAGGGCUUGGUGGGUGACAAUGCCCGGGAUAUUAUACUAUACAAAAAGCAAGGCGCCUUUGAACGCGUAUCCGACCUUCACACUUCCUAUCUCGCAUUGAGGUAUGUUGUAUUUUUUCCAAAAGGUCAACAAGGAUAUGAUGAGCAUUAUCGAAUGCCUGAUACCAACGGUGAGCUUGGUUCGCUCCGUGUCACAUUCUUGCCGCUGAAAUGA